AUGUUGGCUAAAGAGAUUGCUCAAUCUGUGAAGGAGAAAUACGAGGCUGCUGUUAAGAGUGGUAGUCUGGUGUUUACUGAGACUACUCAAGAGAAAGUUAAGGACAGUAAGUCUGGUAUCGAAUACUUGGUCAGUUAUGCUCCUUCUUUAAAGGGGAAACCAACUAAAGAGGGCAAUGGUGCUUCUGAUCCAUUUGAAAACCCUGAAGCCGAGUUGUUGAUCUCUGAGGAUGUUAAUGGCGAUGACCAAUUCAAGUUAUUAUUGAAUAAGUAUCCAAUUGUAGAGAACCACACUAUUUUAGCUACAAAAACUUUCCAAAAACAAAACUUGGCUUUGAGUCCAAAGGAAUUGUUCACUUCAUACAAAUACUUGAGUAAAUUGGACGAUUCCACUAACGAUGAGGUUAAGUAUAUGAUGUUUUACAACUGCGGUGACUUAUCAGGUUCUUCAGUUGAUCAUAAACAUUUGCAAUUCAUCCCAUUGCCAAAAAACUUUAACACUAUUCAAGACAAUUUAGUUUCUGGUAAAACUCACUUCUUGCCAACUGUUAGAGAAGAACCAUUGCAACAUGAAAAAACUAGUUUCGCUCAUUUCGCUAUCCCAUUACCAGAUAAUUCAGAUGAUGUCGAUGAAGACUUAUUAGCUAUGGCAUAUUUCUCCCUUCUACAAAGAGCUUUAACUUUUUUCCAAGAUUGGUUAAAUGAGAGACCAGAAUUUACUGGUAAAACUAGUUACAACGUUAUGAUGACUAAGAAAUGGCUAUCUGUUGUCCCAAGAUCAUCUCCAGUAUCGAAGACUUUAGGUUUAAAUCUAAAUGCUACUGCUUACGUCGGUUUACUAUUGAUUAAAGAUGAGGAAACUUUGAAUAAAGUAAAAGAAAAUGCUUCUUUAAUUGAUGAGGCUUUAUUAGAAUGUGGUUUCCCAAAUACCGCUGGGGAAAAAACAAAUGAAUAUAACUACUAA